AUGAGAGAUGCAAUACAGAGAUUCCAGGGUCCGCUCCUCGCUCCGCCACCGCCGUCGCCGAUUCCGAACCCUAGCGCGAGCCAGAUCCGAUACGACGACGAUGAGGACGAGGGCGACGUUUGUCGGAUCUGCAGAAACCCUGGGGACUCCGAUAACCCGUUAAGGUACCCUUGUGCUUGUAGCGGAAGCAUCAAGUUCGUUCACCAGGAUUGCCUCCUGCAGUGGCUCAGUCACAGCAACGCUCGUCAGUGUGAGGUUUGCAAACAUGCAUUCUCCUUCUCUCCUGUUUAUGCUGAGAAUGCUCCUGCAAGGCUACCUUUCCAGGAAUUUGUUGUCGGAAUGGCAAUGAAAGCAUGCCAUGUGCUUCAGUUCUUUCUCAGGCUUGCUUUUGUUCUCUCUGUUUGGCUUAUUAUAAUACCUUUCAUUACAUUUUGGAUAUGGCGUUUGACAUUUGUGAGAAGCUUUGGUGAAGCCCAGCGAUUAUUCUUGAGCCAUUUCUCCGCCCCUUUGAUCCUUACCGAUUGCUUACAUGGGUUCCUUCUUUCUGCAAGCAUUGUGUUUAUAUUUCUCGGAGCUACGUCAUUGAGGGAUUACUUUAGGCAUCUCCGGGAACUUGGAGGACAUGAUGGGGAUAGAGAUGAUGAAGGUCAUGAAAGACAUGGUGCUCGAGCUGUUAGGAGGCUGCCGGGGGCUGUUAAUAGGGUUCAUGCUGUUGAAGGGAAUGCUGACGAGGCUGGCGGGGCUCAGGGAAUUGCAGGAGCAGGUCAAAUGAUUAGAAGAAAUGCAGAAAAUGUUGCAGCUCGAUUGGAAAUGCAGGCAGCACGUCUUGAAGCACACGUUGAGCAGAUGUUUGAUGGAUUGGAUGAUGCUGAUGGCGCAGAAGAUGUACCCUUCGACGAGCUUGUUGGAAUGCAAGGGCCAGUUUUUCAUCUUGUUGAAAAUGCAAUAACUGUGUUGGCAAGCAAUGCAAUAUUCCUGGGUGUCGUCAUUUUCGUUCCCUUUUCAUUGGGAAGACUUGUCCUCUACUAUCUAUCAUGGUUCUUCUCAUCUGCAUCUAGUCCGGUGCUUUCUGCGGUCAUGCCACUGAGAGAGUCAGCUCUUUCGUUGGCAAAUAUCACCUUAAAAAAUGCCCUUACUGCUGUUAAGAUAUUGUCAUCUGAAACCCAAAAUGAGGGUGUCCUCGGACAGGCUUUGGAAGCAGUUUCAGGAGCCACUAAAUUAAAUGCAACUGGACCUGAUGGAGUAUCUAACAGUGUUGGAAGAUCAAUUGCAGCAGAUCUAUUGAAAGGAACAGUUGCUGGGUCCUCCCGCCUUUCUGAUGUUACCACUCUUGCAAUUGGAUAUAUGUUCGUGUUUGGUCUGGUCUUCUUUUAUCUUGCACUUGUUGCUUUAAUUCGGUAUACACGGGGUGAACACUUGAUUCUUGGUCGGCUCUAUGGCUUAGCUUCUAUAGCAGAAGCUAUUCCAUCCCUAUUCAGGCAAUUUGUGGCUGGGAUGAGGCAUCUAAUGACUAUGGUCAAGGUUGCUUUUCUUCUGGUAAUCGAACUUGGUGUGUUUCCAUUGAUGUGUGGAUGGUGGCUAGAUGUGUGCACAUUACGGAUGCUGGGCACGUCUAUUGCCAAAAGGCUUGAGUUCUUCUCGCUAUCACCAUUGGCAAGCUCUUCUAUUCAUUGGCUUGUUGGGAUUAUUUACAUGCUUCAAAUAAGCAUUUUCGUCAGCCUUCUUCGAGGGGUUUUACGGAAUGGAGUUCUGUAUUUUCUCCGUGAUCCAGCAGAUCCAAAUUAUAAUCCAUUCCGUGAUCUAAUUGAUGACCCUGUGCACAAGCAUGCCCGUCGCGUUUUAUUGUCUGUUGCUGUUUAUGGAAGCUUGAUCGUGAUGCUUGUCUUCUUGCCUGUCAAACUUGCCAUGCGGUUGGCACCUUCUACCUUUCCUCUGGAUAUCACAAUUUUUGAUCCGUUUACGGAGAUCCCUGCUGACGUGCUUCUCUUUCAAAUAUGCAUCCCAUUUGCAAUUGAGCAUUUUAAGCCACGGGCAACAGUCAAAGCCCUUUUACGUCAAUGGUUCACAGCAGUUGGUUGGGCGCUUGGCCUGACUGAUUUCUUGCUGCCGAGACCUGAGGAUAACGGUGGGCUAGAAAAUGGGGAGCUAGCGGCAAGGAGAGACAGACUGCAUGAGGCACGUCAAGGGGGGCAUAUGCAGCAAGAGCAGCUUCCAGUGGCUUUAAUUGCUGCUGAUAAUGAGAGGAGAGGUCAUACAUUUGCAAAUCUUGAUGUUGAAGAAGAGUCCGAUAUAGAUGAUCAACCAGAUUCAGAGUAUGGCUUUGUAUUCCGUAUCGUGAUAUUGCUGGUCCUGGCUUGGAUGACCCUUCUGCUCUUUAACGCAGCUGUGAUCGUUAUACCUGUCUCAAUAGGACGAGCUCUGUUUAAUGCCAUUCCUCGCCUUCCAAUUACACAUGGCAUCAAGUGUAAUGAUCUCUUUGCAUUCAGCAUCGGCUGCUAUCUCAUCUGGACUUUUCUUGCUGGGGUUAGGUAUUCAGUAGAGUAUAUUAAAACCCGAAGAGCAAGGGUUCUUAUAUCACAGGUUUGGAAGUGGUGUACCAUUGUUGUGAAGAGUUCUGUCCUGUUAUCUAUAUGGAUCUUUGUUAUCCCUGUCCUGAUUGGGCUACUCUUCGAGUUGCUGGUAAUUGUGCCAAUGCGGGUGCCUGUGGAUGAGAGUCCUGUUUUCCUCUUGUAUCAGGAUUGGGCUUUGGGGUUGAUAUUUCUCAAGAUCUGGACUAGACUGGUUAUGCUGGAUCAUAUGGCUCCACUGGUCGAUGAAAGCUGGCGUGUAAAAUUCGAGAGGGUUAGAGAAGACGGGUUCUCUGGCCUAAGAGGUCUUUGGGUCCUCCGCGAGAUUGUAAUCCCAAUCAUCUCCAAGCUUCUGACUGCACUUUGUGUUCCCUAUGUAUUUGCAAGGGGUCUCUUCCCGGUUCUCGGCUAUCCACUGAUUGUAAACUCUGCUGUAUACCGCUUUUCUUGGCUCGGUUGCCUUCUCUUCAGUGUGGUGUUCUUCUGUGGGAAGAGAUUCCAUGUCUGGUUCACUAACCUCCACAACUCCAUCAGGGAUGAUCGAUAUCUCAUCGGCAGGAGACUGCAUAAUUUUGGUGAAGAUUCAGUUAAUAGGAGCAAUGAGCAGCCGCCGGUUAUUCCCCAGGGUCAAGGUAAUAUGAAUCAACAGCCUGAUGCUGGAUUGAUGCGGCGUGAGCAAGAAGUGGAUGUGGGGCUGAGGCUGAGGCAGCGCAAUAACCCACAUAUGAGGCACUUAUUCUAGCCGAAGUCCUGAUAAGCUAGAACUUUUUCCUAAAAUGUAUAGUAAAAUCGGUUAUGUAUGGGUAGAGGUUAAAAAAGGUAGUCUUAAUGUCAUGUCAUCUGUUCGAUGAUUGAUUCAGUGAAGCUGUGCGUGCAUCAGGUUCAAGUUUGUAAUCACCAUGGAUAAUUGUCCUGGAGGUAAAUUUCUGCUGUAUCAUGUCCAAAUUCUAGCAAUAGGGUACUAAAUGGAUUAAUUUUAUUCAGUUUGUGACUGGGAGAGUAA